AUGUGUCCCUCUUUACUUAUUGUUUUUGUUGUCGCCAUGUUUGCCAAUUCGAAAUAUAUUCACAUAAGUCUAACGGGGAAUAUCACUACUUUAAAGACAGCUUGUUCCCAAGUCGAGCCGGGUGAUGUGAUUGAAUUUUCCAGUGGCAUUUAUCCACCACAAGAAGUCCCCCGGCUGACAAAUGGCACUGCCGACCAUCCGAUCAUCAUUCGUGCCGCUUUGAAUGCUGCAGUUACUUUUCAGACAUUCACAGGAAGUUCCUCUGUAUUUAAAGUUCUUAAUUCUUCCAACAUUAUCGUAGAAGGUCCAUUUACAGUUCGUAGUGGGACGGGGUACAGUGUCAGUGUUCAAAACUCCACGAACGUGACGCUCUCCAAUUUCAAAAUAUAUAACUCGACAAAUUGGGCGAUGUUUGCCUCUGGAGUUAAUAUUGUUAUUAAAAACAAUUAUGCGGAGGAUUGUGUGAUGGCGCAUGAAAAUUGCAAAACAAGCAGUUGGAUGCAAUGUUUUGUGACCGGUGCGAUAGCCCCAAAGGUCCCCAUUCUCUCCCGAAAUAUCACAAUUGAGAACAAUGAAAUCACAAAGUCAUGGGGCGAAGGUAUUGACAUCAUUUUGUGCACCGAUUGCACAGUCAUAAACAACUAUUUGCACGACGUUUUCCCUAUUGAAAUUUACAUUGACAACGCACACAAUGUCGUUGUCGAAAAUAACACUUUGAAAUUCUCAAAUCAGUCAAUUUGUCCACAAAAUAUGCAAUACCACGCCAUAGCUAUUGGGAAUGAAGAUUGGCCUGAAAAGGUUGUUUCAACGACAAAUAUAACGAUACGAAAUAACUUCAUUUGGGGCUCUGGAUUUGGAGUUGGGUAUUGGGGGUGGAGCGACGUCGCUUAUUAUAGUGACAUUGUGAUAACUCAAAACACAUUUGUCAAUGUCUACGGACUUACUAUGGGAUUCCAAAAUGCGUGUCUCGUGAAGGGGAAGAGCAAAAACAAUCAAUUUAAAAACAACUUUGUGUACACGACGUAUAAAUGGUAUGCGGCAGUGGUGAACGAAACAGAAAAGAAUGCGUGGAAUAUAUCAGAUAACGUGUACUAUGGAGGAUACGCCAAAAUUAUUGCUGACUCGUGGAAUGGAAGUGACGGAAAUGCACAUUCAAUACACUUUAGAGAAAAUGACACGGCUUUUAGCGACUUUUUUAAAGGUGGGUAUUUUGGAAAUUGUUCGAAUGAAAGUUAUUAUAAUUGGAAAGUCGAAAAAUACUGUUUUAUCCCACAUAAAGAGUCGGUGUUGUAUCACAAAGGAGUAUACGCGAAAUACUCACAUUUGGAUGGGAAAUUGGAUAUAGACGGUUUUGAUUGCGCAAGAAAUGAGAUGAAACCAAGUAUUGGAAUGUCAGAAGGAGGAUACGCGUGCAAUCUGAAUAAAGCAGAAAACGUUUUUGUUGGUAUUUUAGUCGUGUUGAUUAUGAUAAUAAUUUAA